AUGGCAAGAUCGCAGUUUGUGAUGGCAAUGUUGAAGAUAAGGCAGCGAGCGUGUUCUGUAAUAUCGUCGUCGUCUGGGCGAUCAACCACGCUCAAGAAACGCCACCUCUUCCGACCGAAUCUCUUCAUCAUCGGACACGUCGCCGUCACCGAUCUGGCGACGGCCGUCAUCUGUCUGCCGCUUGUGCAGGCGGCAACGGCUGUCGGUCGCUGGCCGUUCAGUGCGUCAGCGUGUGCGGCGUCGGCAGCGCUCAACACGCUCCUGGUGACGGCCUCCGUGUUAUGCAUCAUCGCUGUCAGCGUCGAGCGCUAUUUCUCGAUCGUGCGUCCAUACUAG